AUGUCUCUCAUCAACGUCCGCCGCGAUGUCAGCGAUGUCUUCUACCGCUACAAGAUGGAGCGUCUGCAGACCAAGAUUGAAGGCAAGGGCAACGGUAUCAAGACGGUUGUCGUAAACCUGUCCAGCGUUGCCCAGUCCCUGGCCCGCCCCGGCGCCCACGUCAUCAAGUACUUUGGCUUCGAGCUGGGUGCCCAGACCAACAUCGACCCCAAGGACGACCGUUGGAUCAUCAACGGCGCCCACGACUCGGCCAAGCUGCAGGACUACCUCGACGGGUUCAUCAACAAGUUUGUCCUCUGUAAGAAGUGCAAGAAUCCUGAGACGGACGUUGUCAUCAAGGACGACCGUAUCCUCCUCGACUGCAAGGCCUGCGGCCAGCGUACCGACGUCGACAUCCGCCUCAAGCUGAGCGGCUUCAUCCUCAAGAACCAGCCCAAGAAGGGCAAGAAGGACAAGGCCGAGCGCAAGGCCGCCCGCAAGGCCAAGCAGAACGGCACGGCCAAGGAGAACGGCCAGGGCAGCGGCGGCGAGGACGGCUCGGAGAACGGGUCCAACGGCGACGCCAACGGCAACGGCGGCGACGCGGCCGCCGACGGCGACAGCGACACCGAGUUCCAGAGGAUGCAGGCCGAGGCGCCGGCCGUCAGCGUGACGGCCGAGGUCAAGGACCACGAGUGGGCUGUCGACGUCAGCGAGGAGGCCGUCAAGGCGCGCCAGGCUCAGCUCCCCGGCGAGUUCAAGCAGAAGCUUAGCAUGGGCGGCGGCGAUGACGACGACGAGGAGGGAGGCGGUAACACGAUCUACGACGAGCUCGGCGACUGGAUCAUGCAGCAGUCGGAGGAGAAGGGCUCGAUCGACAAAGUCGAGUCUUUCGAUAUCUUCGUCAAGGCCAAGCAGCUGGGCAUCGAGGCCAAGCACCGCACCGUGCUGGUGCUGGUGCAGACUGUCUUUGACAAGAACAUUGUCGCCCAGAUCCCCAAGCGCGCCAGCAUGCUCAAGCAGAUCAUCACAUCGGAGCGCCACGAGAGGUCCCUUCUCGGCGGCACCGAGCGCCUCCUUGGCCAGCUCGCCGCCGGCGAGGUCGGCACCGAUGCCUACGCUCAGGUCGUCAAGAUCCUCCAGCUGUACUACCACCACGACCUCAUCAGCGAGGAGGUGGCACUCAAGUGGGGUAGCAAGGCUAGCAAGAAGUACACGGACAUUUCCGUCUCCAAGAAGGUCCGCAAGGCUGCCGCCCCCUUCCUCACCUGGCUAGAGGAGGCCGACUCGGAGGAGGAAUCUGAGGAGGAGUCUGAAGAGGAGGACGACGAGUAA